AUGGCUGCGCCCAACGUAUCGUACGCAGCGCCGGGCGCGGCGCAAGGAGGUGCCGUGCCAGUGCUCCAUGCGCCGCCACCGAGCCUUGCACCGCGCGCGCCACACAUGAUCGACCGUAGCAUCGCGACGCUGCUGCAGGUCGAAAUGACACGCACGCUCCAAGCGAGCACAUUGUAUACAACACGCAAGGCAAACGAGAUGGUCGAGCAAUUGCGGCAUGAUGACCCGUCGUCGCGCGUGCCGCCGCUUCUCACCGCAGCGGACGAGACGGACAUGGCCAAGAGCCGCAUGGAGUCGCUCGGCGCGCACCUCGGCGGCGGACUUGCAGAACGGUGCGUUGCAUCUCGCUCACGCAGACUCACGCAGGACCGUGCGCGAGUGCACGACGCGCUGGACAUGGUCAAGUUUGUGUGCAAAGACUUGUGGGCGGUGAUGUGGCAGAAACAGGUAGACAAUCUGCGCACAAACCACCGCGGCGUGUUCGUCCUGCAGGACAACGCGUUCCGACCGCUCCUCGGGCUGGAACCCGGGAGUUUGUACGCCGCGAUGCAGCUUGCUUUUGCCGCGGGGGUGAUCGAGGGCGCUUUGCGACGGCUCGGCGUCCAAGCGCACAUACAUACAGACGCAGGAGGCGCGCCGCAGUGUGCUUUUCAUGUGCGCAUUACAUAG